AUGGAUUCCGAGGAUGACGACGACCAGUCUUCCCUUCUCACCCCUUACUACUUCUUCGAAGACCCAGACGAUGAAGUCGCCGCCGCCGACACCAAGCGCCUGGCCGACCUGGAAGCCAUCCGCGCCAAGGAUGCCGAAGUGAACGCCCGUGAGCGCAGCAGCCUUACCGUUGAGAAAGUCUGGGUCGUCCCACGCAUCUUCACUCUGCCCGUCGAGGUCCGCAAGCGCAUCUUCCACUUCGCGCUCUUUCCCAAAGGAGUUACGCCGUCGCCUCACUUCACACGCGAGAGCAAGUACAGAGUCAAAGUACCAGCAUUGCUUCGCACCUGCCGCGACAUGCGCGCCGAGGCCCUGCCCGUCUACUACGGCAGCUUCCGCUGCUCCGCCUUUCACUACAAGAACAUCAUUGGCUGGCUGAAGAUGAUCGAUCCGGAGGCGAAGAAGGUGCUGAAGAGUAUCAUCGUCCGGGCGGAGGCUGUUCUGCAUGACCGUCGGGGAAUUCAAGAUAGAGAUGUGGUCUUGGUGGCAUUCAAGAAGGCUGGCGUUGAUACCAGAAAGGUGCAUAUCAAGGUGAUCUAUUAG